GAAGAUGAUGAACAAACCAUUGAGGAAGAUGAAGUACAUAUAACUGAACAAGAAAGACAAGAAGAAUUGGCUGCUUUGCACAAUGAAGUUGAUCUUCCCAUUGAGGAGCUUCUCAAACAAUAUUCGAUGACGAGAGUUAGCAGAGAAACUAGCUUGGAAAAUGGAGAACAUGAAGGUGGGCUGUCUUUCAUGGGAGAACAUCAUGGAAAGGGUGACAAAACCAAUCUUUCAAACACAAAUAAAAUUGAAACAAGCUAUCUCCAUGUUCGCCGUUCUGAUGAAAACAAUGGUAACUUAUCAAUAUCAGAAACCCAUUUAUCAGUAUGUGAGAUGACUCAACCUCAAAUUUUAACAUGUAUAUCUGGGGAGUCAGCCAAAGAAGAUGAGCGAUAUGACUUUAAGGAAGAGCAGGAGGAUAAUGAUUUUUUUCUUGCUGCUGGAGAAGAUAAGGUGUGAUG